AUGGCCCAAUGUAUCUGUGACCUGAUAAAGAAGGCUCUGGGCGUGGGGAAUGCUGCUGGGACUUAUUCGAAGCCUCAAUUGGCCACGUGUUGGCACGAUGCCAGGGUGGAGCUGGUUCCUCCAAUCCCUGCCGAGAUCCCUGCAACCAGUCAAAGCCUGAAAAAAAUAGUCAGUAAUGCUAAGACUGGUCACUUCAAACAGCUCACAAUUAAGGAAGCUCUGCUGAAUGGUUUGGUGGCCACUGGAGUGUGGAUGUGGUUGUACAAUGAUGAGAUCAUAGGCAGACAAGGCAUCAUCGGCUAUGAUGUUUGA